AUGUCCGCACAGACUGGUUUGGUCGUGCCGUCGCUCUUUUCAGACUCGAGAACUUCGUCCACCACCGAUGUCAGCGAUGUGAAGGAGAAGCAGCAGCCCGACGUAGAAUGUCAGAGCAUCGACAACACCGGCUCGGCUUCCGAGUCCGAGGAGAAGGAAGAUUCAAACUUGGUCACUUGGGACGGCCCUAAUGACCCGGAAAACCCCAAGAACUGGACCCAGUCGCGAAAGUGGGCCACGACCAUGAUCGUCUCCGCAUUCGCCUUCGUCUCGCCUCUUUCUUCUUCCAUGGCCGCCCCGGCCCUGGAUGCUAUCGGGACUGAGCUGCACAUUCCCGACGGCUUCCAGCUCCAAAUGGUUCUUUCCAUCUUCCUGUUGGCAUACUCGUUCGGCUCCUUCGUCUUGUCUCCGUGCUCCGAGAUAUGGGGGCGUUCUUGGAUCAUUCGUACCGGCAAUGCCGUCUUCAUCCUCUUCAACACCGCCUGUGGCUUCUCCCAGUCGCGAGCUCAGAUCACGGCCUUCCGUUUCAUUUCUGGCUUUGGCGGCAGCGCCAUGCUCGGAAUGGGUGCAGGAGUACUUUCUGAUUGCUGGCUUCCUUCUGAGCGAGGCAAGGGAUUCAGCAUCUAUCAGCUCGCGCCUGUUCUCGGGCCUGCUCUGGGUCCCAUCGCCGGUGGCUUCAUCUCGCAGUACACCACCUGGAGGUGGACCUUCUGGUCCAUCACCCUCUUCAACCUCUUCAUCCAAACCCUCGGCCUCUUCUUCCUCCGCGAGACAUACGCUCCCCGCAUCCUCCUCCUCAAGGCCCGCGCCCUCCGCGCAAAGACCGGAAACGCCAGCCUCCGCACCCAAUGGGAGCGCGACGACCGCACCCUGCCCAAGCUGCUCGCCAUCUCCCUGACCAGGCCGUGGCGGCUGCUCGCGACCCAGCCCAUCGUCCAGCUGCUCGCCCUCUACCAAGCAUACAACUACGGCAUGCUGUACCUGCUGAUCUCCAGCUUCCCCUCUCUGUGGGAAGGAAAGUACGGCAUGCCCAAGGGCGUUGCCAGCUUGAACUACAUUUCGCUGGCCGUCGGCUCGCUCAUCGGCGCCCAGAUCUGCGGCCCUAUGAUGGACGCCAUCUACAGGCGCCUCCAAAAGCGCAGCGGCACUCCAGACAAGCCCGGCCCGCCCGAGUUCCGCAUCCCGAUGAUGGUGCCGGCAUCCAUCAUCAGCCCAUGCGGUGUUUUCCUGUACGCGUGGUCGGCGCAGGCGCAGUGUUUCUGGCUCGUGCCGAACAUUGGAGCCGCGCUCUUUGCCUGCGGCAGCAUGAUUUCCUACCAGUGCAUCUCGACGUACAUUGUCGACUGCUACGCGCAGUACUCGGCCUCGGCCUCGGCCGCGUCGGGCUUCCUGCGGUCGCUCGCUGCCUUUGGAUUCCCGCUGUUCGUUCCUUACCUGUUCAAGUCCCUAGGAUACGGUGUCGGUGGAAGCAUCCUGGGCGCUGUUUCCGUCGUUCUGGGCAUUCCCGCUCCGCUGCUUUUCUGGAAGUACGGGAGCGUCAUCCGGGCAUGGAGCAGCUUUGAUGGCUGA